CCCAGUGAAACGUCCAGCUCACUAUUCAGCGGUAUCUCUGCUUCACUAUUACUAUACACACGCAGCCACCGCUACACUAGGAUAAAACGCACACAGAGACACGCUAUAAACUCCAUAAACCCACCUACUUCUAUACACAGUCGACGCACGAAUUUGUGAAGAUACCACGUCGCCCGUGACGAAAGAUGAAGGCCUCAAUCAAAUUCCGCGACGAGCAAAAGCCCUUAGUCAGAGCAAAAAUCCCAUUAAAUGUCCUCAGCUUCCCAUUCCAAUCAGGAAUCGUCGCUGGCGAAUCCAAAGAGCUCUCUUUAAAUCUCUCCACUUUCUUUGAUGCCGGCCCAGCCUUCAAAAUCGCUUAUCGCCCGAAUGAUUCUCAAAACCCUUUUAGCGUGAUUUGCAAAAUCGGAAUUGGGAAUUUUGGGUCUCCAAUUUCGAGCCCUUUUACCAUGAGCGCCGAAUUCAAUUUUGUUGGCAGUCAAAAUCAAAAUCCUAGCUUUUUUAUCCACUUCAAGCCUAAAUUUGGGGACUUUUCAAUCAAGAAAUCACAUUCAUCCAUGGCUUUGGUGAAAAAAGUGGAACCAAAGCUGAACGCCGCUGUUGGCAAUGGCGAGGAGGCGCCGCCGUUGGUGAAGCACGGGUAUUUUGAGGAGAGCGGGCUCUUUUCGGGUGCGGAGAAAAUCGGGGUUUUGCCAGCGGAGUCAGCUGCAGCGGCGACUGGGAUAGCGAAUAGCAUGAUGUCUGGGAUGGCCGUGAAUGCCACUACUGCUUUUCCAUUGAGAAGCCGUGCUGUACUGAAUUUCCGGUGGGGGCUUAGGUUUCCGUCGGCUGCUGCUUCGGAUGGGGUUGAUGAUGCAGUUUUAGUAGGGAAGAAUGUGCGGACGGCUGGGAUUUCGUUUAAAAAUGUCCCUAUGCUUGUGAUGGACAAAAUCUCGAUCGAACACGUAGCCAAGAAGGAUUCGAAAGAUUCUAAAACUGGGUCGGGUUUAAAUUUGGCGGGGAGUGAUGACGUGGCUGGGGUGUGUUUGGAUGUGAGGAAGCAGCUUGAGAUUAUUCAAGCCGAGAAUGGGCUGUUGAGGAAAGCUUUACAUGAUCUGAGAUCAGAUAUAGCGGCUGGGAAGAUGAACAUAUCCUUGUCGGAUGGUAGUGGGGGCCGUGGUGGCAGCGGUCGUGGUGUCGAGGGGAGGGAUGGGAAUAAAUUUGAUAGGCGGGGCAAUGGCGGUGACAGGAAGCAAUCAGAACUUAAUGGGAAGAGCAUGGAAGGAGACGUGAACGAGGAACUGAUGAAGAAGACUUUUGUUGGUGCUACUGUUGUUUGAGCUUGUUUAAAAAUUUUAUUUACCUUUGGCAAUCAUUGAAGAGUUGAAAAGGUAUCUAUAGUCUUUUUGGGAGCUUGUUUAGCUUAAUGUAGAGAAUGCAGAAUGUAGGAAGGAAGAAGUGCUAGUGCCUAGUAAUAUUUUGCUGGCUUCUUGUCAACGAAGGGAAGUAUGUUUGCUAGUUCAGGAAAUUUUGUGUAUAUUGUUUAGUUAUUUA